AGCAGUCUGUCGUGAGGUCUUCCAGCAGCAGCAGGCGCUGUGGGGCCGCUCGUGUUUUUGUUUGUCGCCGAAGGAGUGUGUCAGGCUUUCCUUCACUCUUGUUUUUGUGUGUGAGCUGUAGCGUUUGGGUCUCUGGAUGUGUCCUUUCCUCACCCACACAACGGACCUGUCUGCUGCUCAGUGUUCAGUCACGUCAGUCACACUGACACCGAUUGUGAGGCCGCUUUUCUCUUUUAUUUUCAUUAGCGGUGCUGGACCCGCACACCAGGACCCAGUGCAGCCCGGUUCGGCUCGGUUCGGUGGACGGGACACAGAGGGGAUUUAAACAACAGAGUCCGACCAGAGAUGGAGAGACGCAGACUGAUGUGAACGGAAUCAGCGCUAUGGAGAUUCAUCCACUAUGCACUAAGCUUUGUCAUCAUAAAGCUGUGGAGCUGAAGGAUGAUGUGUGUGAGAAACAGAGUGCGGUCACCAUCAAUCCACAUCACAUGAGGAAAGCUUUCAGGAUCAUGAAUGAGCUCCGCAGUCAGAGUGUGCUGUGUGAUGUCACCAUCAUUGCGGAGGAUGUGGAGAUAGCUGCUCAUCGAGUCGUCUUAGCUGCGGGGUCUCCGUACUUCCACGCUAUGUUUACAGGAGAGAUGACUGAGAGCCGUCAGAAGAAGGUUCGAAUUAAAGAGAUUGACGGCUGGACUCUGGGAAUGCUGAUCGACUAUGUUUACACCGCUGAGAUCCAAGUAACAGAGGAGAAUGUGCAGGUGCUCUUGCCUGCCGCUGGUCUGCUGCAGUUACAGGAAGUUAAAAAGGCCUGCUGCGAGUUUCUCAUAACUCAACUUCAUCCAACCAACUGCCUCGGUAUCCGCGCCUUCGCCGAUUUGCACGCCUGCACGGAGCUGCUCAAUCUCGCCAACACGUACGCAGAGCAACACUUCUCAGAGGUCGUGCAGAGUGAAGAGUUUCUCAAUCUGGGCAUGGACCAAGUGUGCAGCCUCAUAGCAAGCGACAAACUGACCAUCCCGUCAGAAGAAAAGGUGUUUGAAGCGGUCAUAGCUUGGGUCACGCAUGAUAAAGAUGUGCGUCAGGAACACAUGGCUCAUCUGAUGGAACAUGUGCGCUUGCCUCUUCUUUCCAGAGAAUACCUCGUACAGAGGGUGGAGGAGGAAACUUUAGUGAAGAACAGCAGUGCCUGUAAAGACUACCUAAUUGAAGCCAUGAAGUACCACCUGCUGCCGGCCGAGCAGCGCUCCAUGAUGAAGACCAUCCGCACCAGAGUGAGAACACCCAUCAGCUACCCAAAGGUGAUGAUGGUGGUGGGGGGACAGGCCCCUAAAGCCAUCCGCAGUGUGGAGUGCUAUGAUUUCGAGGAGGAGAGAUGGUUCCAAGUAGCAGAAUUACCCUCCAGACGAUGUCGAGCAGGUGUGGUGUACAUGGGUGGUGUUGUGUAUGCUGUCGGGGGUUUUAACGGGUCAUUACGAGUGAGGACGGUGGAUGCAUAUGACCCAGUAAAAGACGAGUGGUGUUGUGUCAGCAGCAUGCAGGACCGGAGGUCAACUCUAGGCUCCGCUGUCCUCAACGGACUGCUUUAUGCUGUUGGAGGCUUUGAUGGCAGCACAGGUUUAGCUACUGUAGAGGCAUAUAACGCUAAGGCCAAUGAGUGGUUCCACGUGAGUCCCAUGAACACGCGACGUAGCAGUGUUGGAGUUGGCGUUGUUGGAGGUCUGCUUUAUGCAGUCGGAGGGUAUGACGGAGCAACUCGUCAGUGUUUGAGUACAGUUGAGGCCUAUAACCCAAACACCAAUGAAUGGUCUUAUACAGCAGAGAUGGGAACCCGCCGCAGUGGUGCAGGGGUAGGUGUUUUAAAAGGUCUGCUGUAUGCAGUAGGGGGGCACGACGGCCCCCUGGUUAGAAAGAGCUGCGAGGUUUAUGACCCUGCCACUAACACGUGGAAACAGGUCGCUGAUAUGAAUAUGUGCCGAAGGAACGCAGGUGUGUGUGCUGUAAAUAACCUGCUAUAUGUGAUUGGUGGAGAUGAUGGCUCGUGCAACCUGGCUUCAGUGGAGUUCUACAAUCCGAUCACUGAUAAAUGGACUCUACUGCCCACCUGCAUGAGCACAGGACGCAGCUACGCAGGUGUGACUGUGAUUGAGAAGCCUCUCUGAGCAGCUGUGGAGUUGUUGAACACUAGCUGAAGCUGACGUACAGCAGAGGAUUCGCUCACACUGAAGCUCUUACCACGGCUGAGGCUUCAUCCUGGAACUGCUUCACCAUGGACAUGGCCUGGGGAAUACUGCUCUCUCUCUCUCUCUCUCUCUCUCUCUCUCUCUCUCUCUCUCUCUCUCUCUCACACACACACACACACACACACACACACACACACACACACACACACACACACACACACAUAACUACAAGCAUUCACACACUACCUCUUUUUGUCUCUAGUAUAUACACUUUACACACUCUGCAUCUCUCUUUUCUUUCUGUUUCUCUUGUUUGAGAGUAGUCCGUGAUGACGUUUAUUGCACUUUGAGGAGCACUGACGAAGCAGAAUCGAAAAACUCUGAGAAAAGACUGGCGCGUCUGCGGCAUGUACAAAGCGUUCCUGCGUUUGAGCCGAGGGGAUGGCCAGCGAUUUUUGCUUCUUGAUCUUUUGAUCUGGAGGAGCCUCUUGAUGAUUAUUGUUUAUUCGAAUAAAGCUUGAGGGAAAAUGUGUCUAGUUUAGGACCAGCACUAAUUUGCCUCUUGGAAGGUUGUUUAUGAAGUAACUGGACUCCAUCUUCAUUAUGAAGAUUGGAUGAUGAUGAUGAUGUGAAUUCCGUUUUAUGGUUAGAGCUGAACCUUUGCGUGCUUAUAUGCGAGAAGGGUCUCUAUUGAAGACAAACAAAGUUUUACAUUUUGCAGUUUGUUUGCCAAACAACAUUUGAAGUCUUAA